AGCGAAUGUGGAGAGAUGGAUGGAUUUUGCCCCAGUAGGAUCCAAGCAGAGAGGAGGAACCAAAGGGCGGCGGAACCUUUGUCUCCGAGGCGCGGAAGGGAAGGGAAGGGCGGGGGCGGCGUUGCAGGACGGACCCUCCCUUGCCCUUGGGCCCGGGGCACCGCUGCUGCUGCCGCUGCCGCUGCUGCCGCCGUCUGUCUGGGGGAAGCUGGCCUCGAGUCUGCGGCCAUGAGCUUCUACCUGCGCCUCCCGGACGAGGCCCGCUCGCUGCCGCCGCCUCCGCUGCUCAACCACGGCUCCGUCUGGGGGGCCUUCAUGGGAUGGUUCGGGGCCCUGUUCGAGAACGCCGCCAACAGGAGGCCCGCCCUGGCCGCAGGUGUCCAUCGGCAACUCCUGUGGGCUUCUGUGGGCUUUUACCUUGGCCACUACCUUGUUAGACGGUCCAGUUACGUCUACGCAAGGAGGGACAGAGAGUUGUUUGAGUACAUAAGGCACCACCCUGAAGACUUUAAGGAAAUAGAUAAGAAAACCAUGGCAGAAGUACUGGAGGACUUCCACCCAGUUCGCUGAAGACUUUGUGAAGUGUGUCUCCUUCCAUCUUGUGUGUGGACUUGCACAAAAUGUAUGUCAGCAUUUAGGACAGAAUAUCUGAUCUAAAUAUGGGCUGCAAUCUUAUCAUUAAAACUAUGAAUAAA